GGAGAGAAAUCUUAUAGCUGUGGUCAAUGUGGGAAGAGGUUUGAUACAUCUAGCCAUCUUAUUGUACACCAAAGAACACACACAGGAGAGAAACCGUAUAGCUGUACUCAAUGUGGGAAGAGUUUUAGUCAUUCAAACACCUUGAAAUCACACCAGAGAACACACACAGGAGAGAAACCUUAUAACUGUGCUCAAUGUGGGAAGAGUUUUACUACUUUGAGCAUUCUGACUCUUCACCAUAGAACACACACAGGAGAGAAACCUUAUAGCUGUGCUCAAUGUGGGAAGAGCUUUACUAAGUCUAGCUGCAUUACAAUUCAUCAGAGAAUCCACACAGGAGAGAAAUCUUAUAGCUGUGAUCAAUGUGGGAAGUGUUUUACUCAUUCAACCAGCCUGAUAUCACACCAGAGAACACACACAGGAGAGAAACCUUAUAGCUGUGGUCAAUGUGGGAAGAGUUUUGGUCAAUUUGGCCAUCUGACAGUGCACCAGAGAAUACACACAGGAGAGAAACCUUAUAGCUGUGAUCAAUGUGGGAGGAGUUUUACUAGAUCUGGCUCUCUGACUUUUCACCAGAGAACACACACAGGAGAGAAACCUUAUAACUGUGAUCAAUGUGGGAAGAGUUUUACUAGAUCUGGCUCUCUGACUUUUCACCAGAGAACACACACAGGAGAGAAACCUUAUAGCUGUGAUCAAUGUAGGAAGAGUUUUACUACAUCUGGCUCUCUGACUUUACACCAGAGAACACACACAGGAGAGAAACCUUAUAGCUGUGAUCAAUGUGGGAAGAGUUUUACUACAUCUGGCCCGCUGACUUUACACCAGAGAACACACACCGGAGAUAAACCUUAUAGCUGUAGUCAAUGUGGGAAGAGUUUUGUUACAUCUAGCAGUCUGACUAUUCACCAGAGAACACACACAGGAGAUAAACCUUAUAGCUGUUAUCAAUGUGGGAAGAGUUUUACUCAGUCAAACAGCCUGGUACGACACCAGAGAACACACACAGGAGAGAAAUCUCUUAGCUGUGACCAGAGAUAAUCUGAUUAAAGAUCUCUGGUCAAAUUUUAGAAAAUACAUGAAGGAGUUGUUUCAUGAUAUCAAUGAAUUAAUGUCACAAUGUAGAAUGUUUUAACAUCGUAGUAGGAGUAUUUUAAUGAUGUCACAAUGUAGAACCCUAAACGUUUGCCCCCUGUUCUAUUGAUUUCAACAUGAUAUGGAUAUUAGCCUCAGGGGGAAAAUCCAGGCUCUGAAAUGAAAGAGUACUGCUUAUGUGAUUUAACAAAAAGUGACUAACACAAAAAGAGCUGUGUUACACUUACCAUGUUGGUGACCCACUUUAAUCAAAAUGCAACACUUCAAAAUGUAGCUAGCUGUUUUCUACAAGUUGUCCUCUAACCAGUGAUGUACACAUUAUUCCCUCCUCUCACAAAUGAUUUUAGCAUGAUAUUGAUGAGUGAUGACAAGUAAGUGUUGCGUUCCUUUGUUUAGCGACCCCUACAUUUAAAUGCAUCUCUCCAAAAUGUAGCUGACUGUCUUCUGCAGGUUGACCUCUAAUCAGUGAGUUAACAGAUAUCUCCCAUUUCCAUGUGUUUUUUUAGUUGUGUUAGUUUCAACAGCACGUACAACCUGAUUUCCCCCCUAAUCGAUAUCAGUGAUUUAUUGCUACUUGUCAAAACUAGAGCAUUUCUGGUGCUUGUGCAGUUUAUAAGGUGCUUGUUUAAAAAAAUACAAGUAAUAUGAUUAUUGUGGCAGAUGUUUGUGUAUAUAGCACAUUUUAUGUUUAUGUUUUCAAUUUAUCCCAAACUGUUUCUGCAUAUUGGUUAUUGAUUUGGGAACGUUAAAACUGUGUUUUGACAUUGGGGAUAUCCCACCUAGCAAAAUGUAAUUGAAAAGCUGUUGAAAAUAAGAUUAUGCAACCAAGUAUUUCAUAUUUACAUUUCAUGUAACAUUUAGUAAUGAUAAUUAUUUAUGUAACCAACUGACAUCUUUUGGGUACAAUAAUAUUGACGUUGUUGCCCUGCUUUUAUAAUAUCAGGGUUCAUUCUCCGAUGUGUCAACCCAAAUGUACUAGAGCAUGACAUUGGGGACUGGGCCCUGAUCCAACAACAUGCCUAUCUAUGGUCUCUACACAAAGAGUACUGUUUUUACAGUAGAUACUGUCUGCUGAGAAUUAUAAGUAUCUUUCAUACAAAUCUUAACCUUGUGACCUGUUCUAUACAUCUGUUGUUCAUCAUGUAGGUUGAAAGGGCUAUAAAAGACCUUUGUACUUUUGUCCCGUGGGUCCACCAGCCAUCAUUAUCGUAGGGCACUCAAUUGAUUCACUUUAUAUGUGUACGUUGUAUUGACCUGCUCCCUUAUAAGUGAAUAAAUAUUUAGUUUAAGAAUAACUGACUUGUAUGAUAAGUUUGUAUCUCCUCAUUUGAUAUUAAAGAAAUUAACAACCAGA